AUGAAUGUUUUGGUAUACUCAGGUCCUGGGACAACCACCGAGAGUGUCAAGCAUUGCCUUGAAUCGUUGAGACUUCAUUUGUCCAAGUAUUAUGCUGUGCUUCCGGUCAGUGACACUGUAUUACUUACUGAACCAUGGAUGAGAAAGACAUCAAUGUUGGUGAUCCCUGGUGGAGCUGAUUUGCCAUACUGUCAACUAUUGAAUGGAGAGGGAAACAGAAGAAUUAAAAAGUACGUCAAAGAUGGCGGUAAAUUUAUGGGAUUUUGUGCUGGUGGAUAUUACUCUGCAGAAAGGUGUGAAUUUGAUGUUGGAGGACCAUUGGAAGUGUCUGGUUCUAGAGAGCUUGCUUUUUAUCCAGGAACAUGCAGAGGCUGUGCAUUUAAAGGGUUUAAAUACGAGCUGCAUUUGGGUGCAAGGGCAUCAAAGCUUCUGGUCAACACUCAUUGGUUAACUCGUGCUCCGGAACAGGUGUACACAUAUUACAACGGUGGAGGCAUCUUUCUUGAUAGUUCAAAGUUCAAAGACGUCGAAGUAUUAGCAAGGUACGAUGAAAAAACCGACAUUGAUGAUCAAGAUCAAGCUGCUAUCAUUUACAGAAAGAUUGGAAAAGGUGGUGUUAUCUUGACAGGACCACACCCAGAGUUCUCACCUAGGUUAUUCAAAGACGUUGAAAAGGAGUUUGAGCAUGUUGUGGACCAACUUAAACUGCAUGACAAGGACAGAAGAGCUUUUAUGAGAGAGUUAUUGAGAAAGCUUGAUCUUCGAGUGAGUGAAGACAUUGAAGAUACCACUCCCAAGGUAACGCCUAUGUACAUUGCAUCUCCGUUUUCAGGAAAAGUUCACAACUUGCUCACUACACUUCACGAGAGCUUGGAAGUGGAAAAUGGAGUAUUCAAAGAUGACAAUGAUUCAUUUAUCUUUCAAGAUGAAUCGCAUCCACAGAAUCACGAUAGUGAGCCCCAAGAAGAGGAUGACCCUACAAAAGGAAUCAAGCACAUAAAUUUCAUCACAUCGGGCAACAUUCCUACCGGCAAAAUGACUCCUUAUUUCAAUUUGCAAAAAUAUUUUGAUAGUCUUCGCAAAUUGUCGAAGGAUACCGUUACAGAAUUUGGCAGUGUACUUGGGUAUUGCGAAGUAAUCACGUCCACCAACACUAUUCUUGAAAAAAAUCCACAUUGGUUGCAAUAUCUUCCCAAUGGAUUUACAUUAACUGCAUCGACUCAAAUAUCGGGUCGAGGUCGCGGCGGUAAUGUCUGGAUCAAUCCGCGAGGUGUACUAGCUACAUCCAUCUUGUUCAAAAUACCAAAAUCUGAACUGGCUUCCUCGUCUGUUGUAACGUUGCAAUAUCUAUGUGGCUUGGCUCUUAUUGAGGCGAUAUUGGGCUAUGGAAGUACAGUUUCUGGAGAAGGUGUUGGCUACGAGGAUAUGCCAGUGCGUCUCAAGUGGCCCAAUGAUAUUUUCACAUUGAAGCCAGAGUACUUUGAUGACUUGAAGCAAAAAGAGGACACCACCACAGUCGAUGGCAAUGACGAAAAAUACGUGAAAAUUUCAGGUGCGUUGAUCAACUCACAGUUCAUCGAUGGCCAGUUCAAUUUGGUUUGGGGCGGAGGAGUUAAUGUUUCCAAUGAUGCCCCUACCACAUCUUUGAACUUGGUAUUGCAAAAACUCAAUGACCUUAGAAGGAGCGAAGGGCAACCAGCAUUACGCCCAUAUGAACCUGAGAUAUUAUUAGCAAAGCUUGUAUUCACCAUUGAUCAGUUUUACUCGGUUUUUAAAAAGUCUGGAUUACGUCCAUUCUUACCAUUAUACUACAAGAGAUGGUUCCACUCCGAUCAAAGAGUCGUUGUUUCCGGUGACCAUGGCAAGUCAAGAACUUGCACCAUCAAGGGUAUAACACCAGAAUACGGCUUGCUUAUUGCUGAAGAUGAAAAUAAUCAUGAGAUCUUGCACUUGCAACCUGAUGGAAACUCAUUUGACAUUUUUAAGGGUCUAGUGUAUAAAAAGAGUACAUAG